GCCAAGUCUAGAAAUUCUUCCACCCGGCCCCGUAAAGGUUCACAGAUUUUUCUUAAAAAGACAUGUACAUAUUUUGUGACGGCUUAUUUGUCCCAGUGUGUUGCGAAUGGUUUUGUUCACAAUAGACGUACCCUGCAGAGACCGUCUGCGGUAUAGUUGCAGUAGAGCGCAGCAAGAUGGAGACCAAUGGCGGGCCUAAAGCUAAACCAGCCGAUGACGACCAGACUAUCCCCCUCCAGAAGUACAAGACUAGCCUGUACAUGAACUCCGAUGAUGGGCCACACAAGCUUCAACCUGCCGGACCGAACUACAAGACGGCCUUGUAUACCAAGACAGAUAAUGGCGAUCUAGUGGAACUUGGUUUACAUGAUACCGAUGACAUGGCUGAUUACGGCAAGCGAGAGGGCCUCAACUUCCAGCAGACUAUCUUCCUUAUUGCCGGUUACUGCCCGGGAUUUGCGGCGACUAUCAUGAUGGUAGCCAUCGUACAUACAGGUUGGGUUGGCUUCAUCGUGUUCGCGGCCAUCGUCUUUCUGCUGGCCUAUGCCUCCAUUUUGCUUGGAAAUUGUUGGAAUUUGGUGCGAGUCACGUGGUUUGAGGACCUGAAUCCGUACGGCGCCAUAGCCUACGAGGCGUGCGGGAGCUGGGCUAGACACACGGUGAAUGUGCUAGUCGACCUGGCAAGCUUCGGUGGAGGAACCGCCAUGCUCCUCGCAACCUCAGAGCUGGUCCUGAUCGUCGUUGGUCCCGGGCUGUUUGGCACCUACUGCUACUGGCCACUCAUCAUAGGUGCCAUUAUGUGCCCGGCAAUAUGGGUUGGCAUGCCCAAGCAUUUCUGGCUACUUGGUGCUCUAAGCAUCAUCACCACUCUCCUUGCCAUACUCAUCAUUUUCAUCGACGCGGCGAUCUACCUGAAUGGGAAUGGACACGCCCUAGAUGAGCUCCAGCCACCCGUUGAGUCCUGGGCUUUCAGCAAACUCAUCGGCGCUACCAUUUUCUUGCUGGGUGGGCACUUUGUGUAUCCUGAGAUUCAGCGCGCCAUGAGGGAGCCUGGGAACUUUGACCGGAGCGCCCUCACUAGUUUCCUGUUGAUUGUGGUGUUUCUCUUCCCCACCUUGCUUGUUGUCUUUGUCACCUACGGAGAGAUCAUUUCCCCUGAUGGUGACAUGAGCCUCCAAGCCGGUCUCUUGUCAAUCCUACCUCGGGACGGCCUGACAGUGGUUCCUGGCCUGCUUCUGCUCAUCAGCAGUGCACCUGUCAUGCUGAUCAUUAUCAAUCCCCUCUUCCAACAUCUUGAGGAGGUGUUGAACAUCCCUGAAGAGAUUGGCUGGAAGCGUAUUCUCCUGCGCACGUCUAUCAUCAUCUUGAUAGUCUUCCUGGCCGAGACGGUGAAUGAAUUUGCGCUCCUUGUGACACUGGUUGGAGGCGUGUUACUCCCUCUGUUGACAUUCUUGGCUCCUGCGGUGUCGUUUCUGCGAUUGCGGGCCAUGCACAUGCCAGACAGCUUCUCAGAGCGCCCGAAGAUGCACAUCUUUGAGACAAUCAUGUCCCUCCUCCUUAUCCUGGUUACCCCGUUAACGGUCGUCGCGGUUCUGGUCCUCACCAUAAUUGCGCUUGCAAACGACCAGACGGGUUACGUCAAACCCUGCUACGUUCAGUUCAACAACAUGACCAACACUACAUGGGAAGAUGACUUGUUGCUGACCACUGCUUCCAUGUGAAAAGUAAUACACUCGUGGAAAAAAAUGAUAAAAUGUUUAAGAAGAAGUAAAACAAAACAGAUCACUCUUAAUUACAUUGGACAGAUUCAAAAAUAUGUUCACAUAACUUGUGAUUAACCCUCGUUCUUGCAGACCAGUUGAGAAACUAAGACUGGCAUUCUAGAGUCAUGCCAGACCAAAAUAUCCCUAAGACUUGAAACAAUAGACGGAGUCGAGUCUCAAUGAACUCCAAGAUAUGCCAAGAUAAUAGAAAUCCUCUGAUAGCCAAAUUAUGUGCCCAGUUAUUUGAUACAUCAUCGAGGAUAUUAUGCACCCCCUAACUUGGUUACAGAGAUAGAGUUGGGUGGUGCCGGUGGAAUGCAUUGCUGAUGUAUGCCUAAGCGAAGAUGAACUGAUAAGUUAAGAUUUGUUUCUUAUAGCAGACAUGAUUGAAGAAAAAAAAUAGAUGAGAUGAGCUUUGCAAAUUGCGAUUUUUUAUAUAUUUCUUUGCAUAAAAAAGUUGCCGUUAAUAUUAGUUCAUUUUAUUUUUUUAAGAAGUACGUAAAUAUGCCAUGGAAAUUUUUUUUUUUAUGUCUGAAUGUUUUGCUUUUAUUACAAAUUACAUAUCAGAAAGUCUAGUAAUAUCUCAAAUUGGACUGAUCGAUGUGUAGAGGUAAAUAUUGAAUAGUUUUGUUUGUGGUAUUAUUUCAAAAUUUCAUUGUGCUACCAGCACACACUGCUUUGAUCUUCCAUGAGACUUAAAAGGUUUGCAUGGUGGACAUGAUCAAUGUAUGGGAGGUUUGCGGUGACCAUGUGAAUGAUAUCUCUUGGUUAGUUGUGUAGUUCUGAGAAGAACUAGUGGAAUGCCGCUAUAACGAACAUCGUGGGAUCCACAGCAUUUCUCACAUCCCGCCGCCGCACGAUGAGUUGUCACAAAACUUAAGCAAUGGGUGGUUUUCCCUUUUAUUCCUUGGGGAAAUAAUAGCCAUCUAUCGCUCUUCUACAUUUUAACACGAUGUAACCAUGGGUGGUUUGAUGUUCGGGAAUUAAAAGUGGCCCAAACAGUAUUUAAUACAUGUAAAACCGGUAGUUUUUUUUGUUAAUCUGUUGACUUUUUUCAACAACGAUGUUCGGUACGUUUGGUACAUUAAAACCGGGAGCCAAGGAUGAUAUUCGGUUUAGCCGAAUGUUCGGUAUAGCGGUGUUCCACUGUAGUAUUGGUUUGACCAGUUGAGUUAAACCAACUGGUUCUUCUCAAAACAACACAACUCACAAAGAGAUAUCAUGCACAUGGUGUAACCGCAAACCUCCCAUUCUUUGAUCUUCCAGUAUUAAAAUGUUCACUGCAUUUCUGUCUAAUGAAUAUACAUCUCCAUAAUUUUUUUUUUUUUAAAGUUUCCUGUUCACGCCAUUUGCUUUGGAUAAUGUCAUUGUAUAUUUAUAUAAUAUAAAACUGUGGGGCAUUAUCAAUGUUUGCAGUAAUUAUAGAGACAACAGGAAGGUCAGCUGAAGAAGACGUAAAGAUUGCAAAAUGUAGACUGUAUAGACGAAUAAUGCUCACUGCAAGAAUUAUAAAGUGAAGUAGGUGCUCAAAAGAUUAAUUUUAUUUUAGGUCUUGUAGUAAUUAGAAUCUGUUGUUUGGGUUAUUGGUUUAAAUUGUCUGCACUGGAGUUAUUUUGGUAAUGAAUUUUUUCUAAUGUACACAAAACAUGUACAAGUUUAGUUUACCAUUUUGAUUAGGGACAAAAGUCACAAUGAGUAACAUUGCCACGUUAUGCUAAGUUACAAGACAUUCAUUUCAGUAAUGCUGUUUGUAGUUACUUCAAAUUUUCAAUGUAUCAAUUAAAUUAUUGCACAUUUUCCCUUCAACUUCAUCACUGGCGGUGACAGUUAACACUGAACUUUUGAAGAAACAGAUUUAUAUACUUUGUUUUUGGAAGAACAAAUGUCAACGAUGAAUUGCGAACAAAUAAAGCAGAUGCUGAAUAGUGGUUCAACUUUUCUUUUCUUAGAAGUAAAAUAUGAUCAAAUAGCGUGCUUGUGGUGGAUUGCAGAAUAAAAUACUUUAUUUUGUAAAUUUG